GAAGGGAUGCGACGGAUGAGCAUGACAAUAUGAAAAUAACGAAUUAAUACCACCAACCAUAGCAACCUUACAAAAUGGCUGACAUAUCAUAUCCUCACAAAGGUCAGCAGCGUGCAAACUAUGCCACAUUAUGCAGGCUUUUCCUUGAGGUUGGAACCCUUGCUCUACGAGAAACUUUCAACAAACUGUAUCCACCAUUAUUAUUAGUCGACAAGUUAGCAAAGCCAGACAUUCACAAAGCCCUCCGCAGGUUUAAAUAUUACGGUGUGAUUACCCAGUCUCAAUGGUUGGCCUUGUACCCAAGACAUAAAGAAUUGGCGACAUCUGAAACAUAUGACGCGACCUUGCUCUUGACGCUACUGACCCACGUCUGCCAUUUAUCACCACCGUAUCCAAAUGGAUGGAGAAAAAUGCCUAAAGCAACAGAUCAUAGCCUUUCGGCACAUAUUGCACAUUUCCAAUGUAUCCAAGCUUAUCUUGGGUCCGUAACUCACGUGGACCAAAAGAACUUCACAACAUAUUGGAAUACCAUAUCAGAACUACUAAAGGAUCUAGGGGGAGCAACUUGUGCCGUGUGGAUCAAAAGACUAAGGAUUGCUAACUUGACACUAGAUGAAGAAAAACGAUACAUUGAUCUGGUCCAGCAAUGGAACAAACUAGAAAAUCUGGUGCGGGAAAAUGAAGCAAACAUGUACAAAAUAAAAACCAGACACCACAAUGACGUAGCGAAACUAUGUAGUGGUACCUUACCCACUAUAGAUGGCGCUAUUCAUAAAGUAAACGGAGCUAACUCACCACGACAAUGGACUCGCCACCAACGAGAUAGUCACAAAUAUGCAACACAAGCAAAUUCAUCAGAGAUGUCCAUCGAGCAGAGAGAUGUAAUCAACAGAUUCUACUCGACAAUAACAGCGAGAAUACUUCCAGAUGACAUCACACCAAGAUUGUGUCAUCAUAACAUUAUGACAUCAUCAGAAAUAAAAACAAUAUCAAUGAAUCAGAACAGAGCUGACAAGAUGCGCUGUUUGCUAGAUUUUCUGGUAACCAAGACAACCAGGGCAUAUAUGGUAUUUCUUGAAGCCAUACGUGAAAAAUAUUCUGAUAUCUAUGAGGCGAUGCAGAAAACACGUUUUGACUUGAUGAAUACUGGGAAACUAUCAAAUAUGACAAUAGUUGACAAAGCUGAGAAAGCCCUGAGGUGCUACUACAGUAGAGUAUACAGCAAGCACAGACCUAUACAAUGGCAGGGGAAUACUACUAGACUGGGGGAUUUCUACUGUCAACUAGCUGUCCUGGACAACUCAGGGGUAUCUAUUGGUAUAGACCACCUGCUGGGAAAUAUCAGAACUAAACAGCAUCAUUCAAGGCGUAUUCUCAUACAUGGUGACUCAGGAUGUGGGAAAUCAACCUCCAGCCAUUAUCUGGUUCAACAAUGGGCAGAUAACAACAUGAUAGAUACCCCAUUUAAGCUGGUCUUCCACAUGGACUUGAAGCUCAUUGGUAACAUGCUCCAUCCAGCUGUUGUAGAGCCUCUUUCUCAUUCUACCUUGAACCUUGAAGCAGACGACAUCUGGUCUCUCAUUGAGGCAAACCAGAAUGAGGCUCUAUUAGUUAUAGAUGGAGCUGAUCAUCUCCAAACUCGGCAACAAGAUGCAUUGACUGACCUAUUUACCGGAGAUUGGUUGAAACAUACUCAUUUAAUUAUGUUUGCCAAUCUAAAACACAUUGACACAGAUUUCGCAAAACAGUUUGAUGUUCAGUAUCAGUGCAUGGGCUUCAAUGGAACUAAAGAAAUCAGAAAAUUUGUCAGAAAGUACACCGAAAUUACAAAGGCGCCAGAAAUUAAUAUGAAACCACUGGAAGAAUAUUUAAAUAAUACAGACCCUACAGACUCAAUGCAAAUUCUCAUGAAGACUCCUGGUUAUGCGUUGUGUGUAUGCACAGCUUGUGAUGUUGGUAUGGAGCCCAAUUUUCAUGCAAAAACAGCAAUAUUGAAAAAUUUUCUUAUAGCUCUAAAGUCACAAUUCUGCAAACAAAACCUCGCUGAAAAUUCAAGCAAACUGAAAAUGAAAGCCUCCACAACAUUGCAUCAUUUGAGACAACUUGCACUGCAAGGCGCAAAAUCCCAGAAGUCAAGAUUUCACCUAGAAUUCUUAGACAAGGAAUACAACAACCCUAUGAUGAAUGAGAUUGGGUUAAUAUCAAAGGUGAAGAUCAUGAUAAAAGAGGACCAAGAAGGGGAAAUUGUAACAUUCUGUAACAGGUUCAUACAGGACUACCUCACAGCACUUUGUAUCGUAAAUGAACCAUCUGUUGACGAAACUGAGUACCAUAUCAGACUACUGGAUGAUCCGAAAUGGAUUGACAUUUGCAGUUUUUAUUUUGGACUUAAGAACAGUAGUAGUGAUGAAAUAGCAAUUGAAUUAAUGGAGGAUAUGGCCACCAAGUAUAGCAAUGAUACCACUGAUAAAGAUGGGCAUGUGAAGAAAACAACAAAGGCACAACCAAGGCAAGAGCCAGUUGAAAAUCACCUGGAUGAGUUCAUGAGACCUCUGGAAUGUUUGAAUGAAUGUGAAGGAAGAAUGGCAGUUGUUAAAUGUCUCACUACAGCUCUGCCAGAAUGCAUUGCUAUCAAUGGUAAAAAUGUAAUAUCACAAAGUGCAAUUCUUGGGUUUUCACAUGCACUUUCAACAAGCAAAUCAAAAGUCACUCAACUGACCUUGACCCUUGACAGUCAUGCAACCUAUAGGUCAAAUGUGUACAUUAAGUUGGCACAUGCAAUCAGAAGCAAUGGGAGUAUUACAACCUUGAUACUGAAGUGGAGUUCCCCCGAUCUCCUAGCAACAUUUAUCUCACAGAUCUUCCCUGGCAACACAACAAUCACACACAUUGCAUGCACGGAUGAAUCCAAGAUGGCUGAUGCUCAACUCUCUGGAACAUUAUGGUCAAAUAUACGAUCUAGUUGCCAGGGGAUGUCUCGGGUUCAAUAUUUGGGGUUCACACAUUGUAAAAACCCAAAUUUAAUCAAUAAUGUCCUCAGGAAUAUCCCGAAUGAGACCAGAACUCUAGAGCUAUCCCACUGUACUUUUAAUGUUGUAACUGCCGAAGAAGUAGCUAUUAAACUUGAGAGGAACCAACACUUGAAGGUCCUGGACCUCAGUCAUGUUCCUCUGAACAGUACAUUUCUCUCUGCCCUAACAAGGGGAAUACGUAUCAAUUCUACAAUACGUGACAUCAACCUAGGACAUUGUGACCUAGAUAUGACGGGACUGAUGGUGCUUACCGAGGCCUUGAAAUUCAACAAUGGCCUUCGAAGUCUUGAUAUCAGAAACACUGUACUUACAAAUGAAGGAUGUAAACUGCUAGUUAAAGCUGUACAAGUGAAUAAAACAAUAAAACAGGUCUGCCUCACUGGCUGCAAGAUUGCUACUGAGGGGAAAUGGAUGUUAGAGACUUUCAGAAAGGAUGGUUUUCAAUUGCUAGGAUUGUCUGGAAAUAAACUCAGGUUUCCAUGAAAAUUCUAUCGCAAUGUCUGGUACGUUAUCAAUAUAAUGAUUUUAGACAAAAACAUUCAGAGAGACAUCAUACUUUGGUUCACAAACAAAAUGCUCAUCAUAAAAACAUAAAUCAUUAUUUUGAUAUUUUACCUAAAAGACAUUUUGAAGUUGCUGCAGUUGCUAACAUCCAUCUCUCCACAGUAGUAAGGUAUAUCUUGGAUCACCACUCUGUACAGUAAAACCUGUCUAAUCCAA